AUGAUGGGCAGACUUCUUGUCCUAACCGGUGCUCCAGAAUCGGAACGGCUUGACUGGUCUUCAUCGGGCCUCCUCUCUACCUUCCAGCCUGCCGUGGCCCGCUUUGCUUUCCUCCGCCGCCCCCACCAUCACCCGGAGCUGCAACCCACACCGCAUGACCGACAGGACAUAUCCGCCCUCGACCUGGCAGCCUGGCGCUCCCUGGCCCUCUAUCGCCCACAGAUCCCCACGGGUUUCUCUCAGCGUGCAGGUGUGUUUCCCAACAGCGCCGACUUCCUCACUACAGCCAGUAUCUCGUCGUCCUCAGACGCCUCCCGAGACGGUGACACCGGCGGCGGAGACGGGGAGGAGGAGGCAGGCGGUAGCAGGCUGCUCGUUGAGUUCUACGAGCACUCCCUUGCGGUGCAUCACAACCACUGCUCAUCCCAGCUCGUGCCCGGGCCAGAGAGCCAGCAACAGGCGGCAGCCUCUCAGCUGUCCGAAGAUACCACGACCAUCGCGGAGGGGACGACGGUGUUGAAGACGCCACUACCGAGGCGCCGUGGCACAGAUCACCUCUCGGACCUGGAGGACAUCCCGCCGGCUUCCUACCUCACUUCCAUUGCGCCUCAGACGAUGACGGUCACGCUCAUCGUGGGUAUCAUCAGCAUCGCCCCGCCGCGGACCGUGGAGACGCGCUACGGGGCCACUAGGGCACUCGUUGAGGUCCUGGUGGGCGACGACACCAAGUCCGGCUUUGCCGUGACCUUCUGGCUGUCCGAGGCCGACGCGAGGGCAGGCACGGGCGGCGUGUUGCCGCGUGGCCUGCGUGCGCAAGACGUCGUGCUCAUGCAGAACGUUGCCCUGAACGUGUUCCGGAAGAAGGUAUACGGUGGUAGCCUGCGGCGCGACAUGACGAGCGUGCAUCUGCUCCACAGAGUGCGGACGGUUGUUGAUGAUGAUGAGGAUGAUACAGGCGGGUAUUACUCCAAAGUUGAUCUGGCAAAGGCUGGGAGGAGCACGAAGAAGCAGCAGGACCCACAGCUAGAGAAGACCAGAAGAGUAAGAGACUGGGUUAUGAAGUUUGUAGGUGGUGGUGAUGUGGGAGGCGAGCCGAAGACGACAAGGUCUACCACCACUGCCAGGGGCAAGAAGAGGGCGGCAACUCCAAGAAAUUGGAAUCAGCCGCCACCAUUGGAUUCUCAGUAA